CUUUCCUUCCUUGGGAAGCUUUACUUGCCAGCCACAAACUUCUAAUCACUUUGAUAAACAACUCCCAAGAGUACAAACAAACCAACUCCCAAGAGUACAAAGAAUACAAACAACUCUCACCUUUUCACCUUCCACUCAGUAUAUGUUUUUUUUUGCAUAUAACAGUUUAGCCCCCCAAAAAACAGAGGCUUCGGCUGUAUGUAUCUUUAGCCCCAAAAAAUCUUUCAAAACUUCCUUCCAUUAUUAAUUUCAUCUACAGGGGAAAUGUCUUCCUCCCAAUCUUCAGCCAAGCAAAAGCAAACCUUGCGUCCAGCAGCAUGUCAAGGAGCAGAGUUUGAUGACAAGCCAUUGUGGAAUCAUGUGAAGGUUCUCAAUGUGGGUUCAGGUGGAGGUGGAAAUAGAACCUGGUCCUGUAAUUACUGCAGCAAAAAAGUAACUGGGUCAUAUACAAAGGUGAAAGCUCAUCUGUUGAAGCUUUCAAAUCAUGGAGUUGAACCUUGCAAAUCCAUAAGAGAUGAUGUUGUUGAAGCUAUAAGGAAGGAGCAUGAUGAUGCUGAAGUGAGAAAAGCUCAACAAGCAUUAAAUGCAAGAAAAAAAGCAGAAUAUGUUACUUUACCAGAAGGCUCAGACUUGCUGCAACAGAAAAAACGCAAGGGAAUGGCUCCACCAGGUGCUUUGCAAAAGUCAUUUAAUGUUGCUCAAAGAGAUAUUGCUGACAAAGAUUGCGCUCGAAUGUUCUAUGCAAGUGGCUUACCUUUCAAUCUGGCAAGGUCACCUUACUUUCGGAAGUAUUCUCAGUCUUUAGCAAAUAGCAGCUUGAUGGGCUACACUCCUCCUUCAUACGAUAGGCUACGUACCACAUUAUUAUCCCAAGAAAAAGCGCAUGUUAAUAGGCUACUGCAACCAAUUAGAGAUUCAUGGCACAAGAAAGGGGUUUCAUUACUUUCUGAUGGGUGGUCAGAUAGGCAACGACGCCCUCUUAUCAAUGUCAUGGCAUCAUCUGCAGGAGGAUCAAUGUUUGUCAAAGCUAUUGAUUCAAGUGGAAUUGUAAAAGAUGGAGAAUAUGUUGCAAGUUUGUUCAUUAAAGCCAUCAAAGAGGUCGGGGAAGCAAAUGUUGUGCAGAUUGUAACUGAUAAUGCAUCAAAUUACAAAGCUGCUGGGUUGAGUAUUGAAAACACGUAUCCACAUAUUUUCUGGACUCCAUGUGUGGUGCAUAGUUUGAAUUUGGCAUUGAAGAGCAUAUGUACCCCACCAGAUAAAUCAGCUCAAUAUGAUCAAUGUAAGUGGAUUUCAGAUUUAGUUUCUCAGGUGCAGAAUAUUCGUAAUUUUAUUCUCAACCAUAGCAUGGCAUUGUCUAUUUUCAAUGAAUAUUCUACUUUGAGAUUGUUGAGUGUAGCAGAAACCAGGUUUGCAUCCAACAUCAUCAUGGAUGUACGUUUGAGGGAAGUUAAGACAUCCCUUGAGAAAAUGGUGAUGGAUGCAAACUGGAAAAUUUAUAGGAAAGAUGGCAAUAGUGUGGCUGAGAUUAAAGCUCGUGAGGUAAAACAAUGCAUUGUAAAUGACUCAUGGUGGGAUAGCAUAGAUUACCUUAUAAGCUUUACUAAACCUAUCAUUGACAUGUUAAGGGAAGCUGACACAGACUCUCCUGUUUUACAUCUGGUAUAUGACAUGUGGGAUACCAUGAUUGAAAGUGUGAAAAAAAUCAUCUUUGACCAUGAAGGGAUAGACUUAAUUGUUGGCCAAUCAACCUUCUUUAAUGUCAUUCACCAAAUUUUGGAGAGUAGAUGGAACAAAAGUAAUACCCCUUUACAUUGUAUGGCCCAUUCAUUGGUUCCAAAAUACUACUGUCAUGCUUGGCUCCAAGAUGGUGGUAAUGAAAUUCCAAGAAUAUCACCACAUGAGGAUCAUGAAGUCUCCAUGAAUAGAAGUAAAUGUUUGAAGAGGUUGUUUCCUAAUCAAACUGAUUUACGAAAAGUUUAUGCUGAAUAUGGAGCAUUUUCUAGUGGGUCGGAUUAUUUUAACCAACCUCAUGUCAUUGAUGCAAGAAUAUUUGAGGAACCUCUUUCAUGGUGGGCCAAUCAUGGUGCGGAAGCACCAUUACUACAAGCAUUGGCUUUUAAAUUGCUUGUGCAGCCAGCAUCUUCCUCUUGUUGCGAGAGAAAUUGGAGCACAUAUUCUCUAAUUCAAAGUGUUAAGAGAAACCGACUAGCAACAAGCAGAGCUGAAGACUUGGUGUUUGUGCAUUGCAAUCUUCGCUUAUUGUCAAGGAAGAGCAAGGAGUAUAAAGAAGGACCCACAAAAUAUUGGGACAUAUGUGGAGAUUUGUUUGAUAUAGAAGGGCAUGACAUAAUGGAGUUGGCACAAAUUUCCCUUGAUGAUCCAGAGAUGCAAACCAUGACUUUUGAUGAUGACAAUGAAAGUCAGCAAGUUGUUGUUGAAGAUUAAACCAAUUGAAGAAGAGUGACAGUCAGCUAGUUUUUUUUUGUUUUUUUUAUUUUGAUAAAUAGUCAACUAGUUUCUUUGUAGUCAUCUAUUCUUGGUUUAGGAGUAGAAGACUUCAAAGAAAUUGUGUUUUUUCAUUUCAAGAACUAUGCAUGACCUUUAAGGAUAUUAUGUUUUUUGGAUAAUUUAUUUUGGUAUAUGUUUUUUGGAUAAUUUAUUUUUGUGGCAUGUAAUGAAGUUACAUUUACUAGAUGUUUUAUGAAUUAUCUAUUUGGUUGGCACAUAAUUUUAGAGUUGAUUUAUUUUACAAUUUAAAUGCAUUUAUACUAAUUUUUGUUUAGCCGUAUCCACGUACUCGUAUCUAAUUUUUGGGUACUUUUCAAACGUACCCGCGUAUCCCUCAUUUAGAGAUUUGACGAGUCUGACUCUUAGAUACA